GGGGACGCCAGGCUGAGGAUUUUGCUAGGGAACCGACUGUUGUCGCCCCGCCCCCUCGGGGCUUUUUGUCCCGUUAACUGUCGGAGUGGCGGGGGCUCUAGCGCCGAGCGACAUGCCGGUGCGCUUCAAGGGGCUGAGUGAAUACCAGAGAAACUUUCUGUGGAAAAAGUCAUAUUUGUCAGAGUCCUAUAAUCCCUCGGUGGGGAGAAGGUACCCAUGGGCUGGACUUAGAUCGGAUCAAUUAGGAAUCACAAAAGAGCCAAGUUUUAUUUCAAAAAGAAGAGUCCCUUAUCAUGAUCCACAAAUUUCAAAAUCUCUUGAGUGGAAUGGAGCUAUCUCAGAGAAUGAUAUUGUAUCACCAAAACCUGAAGCCGCAGAAACAGAAUUACAAGAAGCAGAACAAAAAGAAGAUGUUAACCAAGAAAGAGUUCUUGCACUAGAAGCCUCCAGGGUUCCCAAAAGAACCAGGUCUCACUCUACAGACUCCAGAGCUGAAGGGGCUUCAGAUAUUGUGGAAAAUAAUGAGGAUGUAAUAGAAGGUCAUAUACCGGUUAAUGAAAAUGAGGAACUGGAGCAUUCUACCAAGCUGCUUUCAGAAAAUGUAGAUAAUGGGUUGAAUAGAGUUCUUCGGAAGAAAGCAGGACUGACUGUUGUUCCUUCACAUGAUAUCUUGAGAAAUUCUGAAUAUCAAAGGCAGUUUGUUUGGAAGACCCCUAAAGAAGCUGCUCCAGUUUUUACAGCCAAUCAGGUUUUCCACAAUAAAAGCAAAUUUGUUCCACAAUUCAAAGGUAACUCAAUCAUCCAUGAAACUGAAUACAGAAGAAAUUUCAAGGGUUUAUCUCCAGUGAAAGAACCAAAAUUAAGAAAUGAUUUGAAAGAGAAUGGAAAUUUUGAAACAGUAUCUCCUGAAAAGAAGUGUAAUAAAACAGAUGAUCCUUUAAAAUUAGAAGCAGAGAUGGAAUCAAAAGAGUCAAACCAGCCUAAAAAGCAGCUUACUCCUUGGAGACAUCAAAGGCUUGGGAAGGUGAAUUCUGAAUAUAGGGCAAAAUUUCUGAGCCCAGCCCAGUAUUUAUACAAAGCCGGGGCUUGGACCCGUGUGAAGGAAAACAUACCAGAUCAGGGUUCUCUAAAUGCCAUGUGGUAUGCGGAGGUUAAAGAACUCCGAGAGAAGGCUGAAUUUUAUAGGAAACGAGUUCAAGGAACACAUUUUUCUCGGGACCAUCUGAAUCAGCUUCUGUCUGAUAACAACUGCUGUUGGGAUGUCUCCUCAACCACAAGCUCAGAAGGAACCAUUAGUAGUAACAUUAGAGCUCUAGAUCUUGCCGGAGAUCCUACAAGCCAUAAGACUUUGCAGAAAUGUCCUCCUACAACACUGGAAGAGAAAAAGCCUGCCUUGGAAGAGCAGCCGCAGAAAACUACCACUGAGAAAUUGGGCGUGUCAGAUGCUCCCACCCUGCCCGUUAGAAGACGCCUGGCGUGGGACGCAGAGAACACAGAUGAAGGGGUGCAGAAACAGCCGAGAGAGGAGGAGGAGGAAGAAACAGAAAAGGACAGGCAGGUUCAUAACGGAGAGCUGGAGAAGGUCGAAGUACCGGAAAAAUCUAAGGCAGAAAAGAUAAAAGAAGGGUCAGAUUCUUCUUCUGUAUCUUCUGGAAAAGGAGGCAGGCUUCCUACUCCAAAGCUGAGAGAACUUGGUGGAAUCCAGAGGACUCAUCAUGAUCUCACCACUCCAGCUGUUGGUGGUGCUGUUCUAGUGUCUCCAUCUAAAGUGAGGCCUCCAGUCCUAGAACAAAGGAAAAGAGUGUCCUCUCAGGAUGGCUUAGAAACUGCAAAGAAUGAUUUUAGGAAGAAAGAAAGUCGUGCUAUAGCCCUCCUGACUUCUCCAGCUGCUGGUAUAAAAACAGUUGAUCCCUUGCCUUUGAGGGAAGAUUCUGAAAUCAGUAUCCCCAGACGUGCUGAGGUAGCUCUUCCAGUUUCAAAAAUUCCAGAAUAUCCAGCAAACACACCUGGGCAGUCUCCUUCCCCACCCUGUGCUCCAUCCUACUGGCAUCCCUCUCGUCGAAUUCAGGGCUCUCUCAGAGAUCCAGAAUUUCAACAUAAUGUGGGAAAAGCAAGGAUGAACAAUUUCCAGCUGCCUCAGCAUGAAGUCUUUAAUGAUGAAGAUGAAGACAGAUUAUCUGAGAUUUCUGCUCGCUCCGCAGCUUCUAGUCUCCAGGCUUUUCAAACUCUGGCACGAGCUCAGAAAAGGAAGGAGAAUUUCUGGGGCAAAACAUAAUUACCAUAUAUCUAGUUGAGUUGCCUAACAAUCUAGGGAACCAUUAGCAUAAUUUUUCCUUCUUGCUUUACUAUGUUAAGACUUUUAAAGUAUUUGGAUUUUUUCCCCACAUUUCCUACUUAAAAAGAAUUGUUUGAGUUUUCAAUAGCCAAUUCAGUUUCCUUGGAAAAUGUUAACACUCGUUCAUACAAAUUCAACCUAAAGAAUUCUUUUGACACCUAUCCCAAAGUACAAAGACAUAGGUUUCUUCACAUGUUCUAACUUUUGUAUUAAGGGUAGCUGGUAAAAUUGUGAAUUUUACCUAUCCAGAGGAUAUUCUAAAAAAUAAAGUGAAGUAAAAAUUAAGAUCUAAAUGUGAAGUGUAUGUUCCUUGAUUAUUGGCUCUGUGUAUCUUUAUAAUCUGUAGAUGUCAUAAGAUGAAUUUGUUCUUCCCGUAACUUUUGCUGUAGUAUUUCUUCUUAUUUUAGUACCUUCUGUAUGUGGUUGCAGUGUUAAGGCAAUUGUACUUUAAAUUGAAAAUAUGAGCUGUAUAUAUUUUUCUUAUUUAUGUAACAAAGUUUGCUGAGAGAAUAUGUAUAUUUUUGAUCUUUGUGUGUAUUCUUUUUGUAUAAGGACUUUGGCUUACAUUUGAAUAAUGUCUCAAUUUUGAAAAAUUAUUUGUAUAAUGGAGAGUUAAAACUUUGUAGACAUUUUGAAAUAAAAAUUGAUCAAGUAUUUUAAUUCUUUUUGUUUGAAGUGUUUCAAGUGUUUGGCUUCUCCAGAAAGUUAUUACACGUAAUAAACAAUUAGUAAUAAACAAUUACCUUUUAGAAAUGUUUUACUUAUAACAAGUUAACUAAAUGUUUUACUUUUUUUCCAGCUGUCAGAAUGCAACAAAACUGUUCACAAUAAUUUUGAAUGAAUAUAGGAAAAAUACAAGAUUUCCAAGGCAGACUCAUUUUCAAAAAUUUAACACAUACUUUUUGACUAUUCCUUCAUUCAUAGGACAUGUUCUGUUUUCCUAGUCUUUACUUAAUCUUGCAAAUCAUAAUAUAUCUAACUUCCUAAAAAAUAUGAAUUUCAUAAAUAUGACGUGAUGUGUACAAGACUACAUACAUACAAGGUACCAAAGGUAAAAUAUAUGAAAUACUCAUGCCCGUUGGUUAGAAAACAAAUGAGCAGUUUGUUUUAAAGUACUUAAUUUGGUCAAAAGUGCUUUUGCAAAUCCUUGAUUCACAAUAAGUUUAUUAAAGAUCUUACAUUAUCAGGUUAUAAAUAAUUGGGCAUGCACAUAUUUGCCUACAUCUCACUGACGUUUGUUGAUAAAAAAAGUUUUUCAGGCACCGAAGAUGGAAAUAAAAGUUAGAAAUUAAUGUGUAAUUGGAUUUUAGAACACAACCAUUUGGAUUCUAUACACGUACUGAGGCAUAUUAGCUGUAAAAAAAGUUGGAACAUACUGUGUCUCUAGAAGCUUAGGGGUAUCAUCAUCCUCUUCCUCUAAAGUUGGUUAGUUUGGUUGGUUAGGAUAGAAUUUUCAAUGACUGAUCACUGAUCUAUGGUAAAGAAAGGAAUGACAGCUAGCUUGCAGGGAAUGUGUAUCUAACACAGUGCAUCUUACCCAAGGUACACAUUGUAAAAUAUGGGUACAUCUGUUGGAAUAAGUCACACCACGUGAACUUGCUCUGUCAGAUGUUAGAUGGAUUAAGGUAUGGUUCUGAUGAGGCUGAGUUCAUUACCCCACUCUGGGUGACAAUUUAGCAUUGUAGUAUACUGCUGAUUGCCUCUUAAAAGCCCUACGCAGUGGCCCUGGGGAGAGAAUAGUGUUGAGAGAUUAGUCCUGUUUCAUCACUUGUACUGAAGACAGCUUAAAGGAUAGGCAUUUGAGUUGGCGGGUAAGUAGUUUUAGUUACGUGAGAAAUAUUCCAUGAGAUGUGCUGCUGACAUUUAGGAGUUGGCAUUGUUAACUCAAUUUUUAAAUCAAUUUUAUUUUGGCAUACUUUUAUGUACAAUAAACAGCGAUCAUUAAGAAUUUACAGCUCAAUGAGUUUGGAAAGAACACAUACAUCUGUGAAACCACCCUACAACCAAGAUACGUUAUUACGGUUCCAUCGUCCUAAAAAUUUCAUUUCCCUCUGCAGUUCAAUCCUUCCUUCCACCUCUGAUCCCAAGGUGAUCGCUAAUCUGCUCUGUCAGGAUGGUUUGCAAGAACUGUGUAUACAUGGAGCCAUCUUUUAUAUUGCUUUCACUCAGAGUGUUUUUAGAAGUCUUGUAUGUUUUGAUGUUUAUGUUCCCUUUUAAUCCCUUCACCCCUGGUGGA